AUGCCACGCAAGUACAUAUCGACAUACACAGUAGGAGAUGCACAUGGGAGCGACAUUUUAGGAGUGGCCGUUAGUAAAACGUUUACUGUCACAUGUUCGUCGGAUGGAAAACUUAAAGGUUGGUCAAAUUCGGCCUCAGAAAGAGAUUUAUUGAUCGAUGAGGAUGUUGAUAAGGUUGGAUUGCAUCACGUGAGUGUUUACGAGGAUGUGAUUGACGGGCAGCGGGUGACAUUAUUUGCUACGGUGUCAUUUAGUGGGAUAUGCUAUUUAUACAUGUACGUGCACAAGCAGGAGGAAAUCUCUAAGAAAAUCGCAAUCAAGGCACUUGAUUGGGUGCCUGAGGGAUUUGACAAUGAGAGAAAGUCAUACUGGGGCUGUCAACUCGCCAGUGGCGGUGCUGAAGAUGAGAAUAUAUUAGCAUUAACGACGGUCACGGGUCAAACCGAGAUAUUUGGGUUUACUGUGACUGUUGGCGAUGAAACAAGCGUGAAUUUCGAGCAUAGGGGCACGCCAUCUGCAAAUAACAAGAGUUUUGCCACAUGUGUGGACGUUGAUACGGUUCAGAAAAGAUUGGCUGUCGGACAUCAGGAUGGAUCCGUCUAUUUGUACGAUCUUGAGUAUCUCCGUCUUCUUUACAGUUUUGAAUCUUUCGGACUUCAAAGUAGCAUUUCCUCCAACUCUCUAUCCACGGUGCGAUGCUUGCGGUUUUCUCCAGAUGCAACUUUGUUGGCUGUGGCACGUGAUUCCGGUCCAUAUGGCACAGUGGCACUUUACGAUGUCAAAUAUGGAGAAAGUGUUGGAUCCUUAGUGAUACCGACACAUUCCUCAACAGUGGGAAUUGGGAGCUAUGCACACAGCAAGUGGUGUCUCUCGUUAUCGUUCAACGAGGACGGAAGUUUAAUUGCAACAGGAGGAUUGGACAACAGGAUUAGAAUAUGGGAUGUGGAAACGCGAGAGACAGAGGCUGUAAUCACGAUAAAUAAGACAGAUGCAAGUGAUGAGGAGCUUGCAAAUUCUACAGAUAUAGAUACGGCCACGUGCUGUGGCUUGAGUUUCAUUGCUAAAAACGCUAAUUUGAAGGAGGGUGAAAACGACGGACUUGUAAUAGUUGGAUUUGAUAGGGCGAUCCGGUGGUUUAGAGAGGCGGGAGGUAUUUAA